AUGUCUUCUUUGCAGGAGAUUGCGGCAACACUGCCGGAAUGUGCUCAAAAAUGCAUAGCAUCAGCCGCCGAGUCAAGCACCUGCGCGCCAACUGACAUCGCUUGUUUCUGCAAAGGCCUGGGGACCAGCCCUGCCUCUGCCUGCAUCAAGACCACAUGUUCGCUUCAAAAUACCCUCUUCACGACCAACACUACCAUGACGUUGUGUGGGGUGAGCCCGAAAGUCGACCACAGCUAUGUCCCCAUCCUUUCUGUCUUCAUCGGGCUCGCGGCUAUUUUUGUCAUCCUGCGUUUCUUGGCGAGGCUUCUCAUGAAGAUGAAGCUAUGGUGGGAUGACUGGUUCAACUUUGCUGCCAUGACAUGCUGCAUCGCUUUCACAGCUCACGCCUUGCACCUCAAGGCGGGCGGUUGGGGCACCGAUAUAUGGGCGAUUCCAUGGGAUAACCUCGAAUACCAAUUCCGGGGCUAUUACAUUCAGGUCCUCAUCUAUGUCAUAUCCCGGUUGCUGAUACGGAUAUCAUACAUCCUCUUCUACCUGCGAGUCUUUGAGCACAUGGCACGGCGACUGAUUCUAAUCACUUUGGCUACUACUAUCAUCGUCUCGCUCCCGCUUACUAUCACGGCCUUCUUUCAAUGUACCCCGGUCGAUUAUUAUUGGAGGAAGAUUCACCCCGACGCUCACGGAACAUGCAUCAAUGGAGCUGUCUAUAUCUGGGUGGGAUGGAGUAUUUUGCUUGUCAAUGAUCUUUGGGUUCUUUUCCUCCCGAUUCCCCUCAUUUAUAAGCUCCAGCUUUCCCUGAAGAAGAAGAUCAUGGCAUCUGUCAUGUUUAUGGUCGGCGUACUUAUCACUGCGACAAGUGUCUACAAAUUCUCAUUGAUCAAGACAUUCACAGACAAGUCGAACCCUACCAUCAACACGGUCAUCAUGUUUAAUUGGCUUGCUAUUGAGAUCGACUUGAGCGUCAUUUGUGCAUGCCUUCCAUGCAUUCCCGUCCUAUUCAGAACAUGGAUCAGCCGACAUCUUGGAGCCUCCAAGGGAUCCAACAAAUACGCCAACGGAUACGCGGGGCCAGCCAGCCAUUACGCACAGAUCAGCGGCACCAAGGGAACCGUUACGAGCUCAACCGAUCCGGUAGACCGCAUCCGCAUGACAACAACCAUUCAUCAGCAGCUGAGCGAGUUUAACGAAUCCGAAGCGAACUUGCCUGGCAACAUUGAGCUCCAAACGAGGCCAACGAAGGCACGAGCCAAUAACAGUUGGGAAUAG